UCCGACUCGACUGUAGUAUGCGGAACAAUCCGACAACGGCCAGCCGUAACAAUAAACGGAAAGGUACCAGUGAUGCUUUUGUAAUACCUCGAGCCUCGCCUAGGUACUGCCACACCUACUACCCGUACCCACCUGCCUACUGGCCAGUCUACUGGCCUGGCUACUCGCCUGUCUACUGACCUACUGGCCUACUGACCUACUGGCCUACUGGCCUGGCCUCCUGGUUCAUCAGUUCCUAAUUCAUCAGUUCAUCUGGUCUGAGUGCAUACUGGGAAUCGUGCUUG